AUGUAAUAUUUUAUUUUUGUAUAUAUUUUACUUGUUUUUCUGUCUAAAAAUUGCGAUUGCAUAAAAAACCUAAUGAAAUUUAGACGUAUAUUUGAAAAUUCGUGCCGAUCUAAGGUAUAACACGCGGUUACUUAGCAACGAUUUUACAAAACAGUGCCAGUUAGGUAUCAAGUCAACCGAGUCGUCAGACAGCAGCUGAUACGAUACUAGUCUUUGUACUGUGGUAGUUAUCGUUAUUAUUCGCACAAUAUUUUGCUACUAUUUUUGAAAGCCACUGCAUCUGAUAAAGCAGUUUUUUACGCGUUAUUUUUAUCAGUAUUGACAAACAAUGGGUCCGAAAAAGGCGAAAGGGAAAACAACAGAUACCGUUGACGGGGUGGAUACAGCAAAGAUGAACAGGGAGCAAUUAGAGAUAUAUGCUCAUAAGAUAUUAGAGGAGAUGGAACGCGAACGAGAGGAGAGGAAUUUCUUUCAGAUAGAGAGAGAUAAAUUACGAACCUUUUGGGAGAUCACGAGACAUCAACUGGACGAAGCGCGUGCCACGGUCAGGAACAAGGAACGUGAGAAAGAAGAACUGGAGGAGAAGCACGAGACCGAGCUCAAGCUGUAUAAGCAGAAAGUGAAACACCUGAUGUACGAGCAUCAGACGAAUUUAUCGGAGACCAAGGCUGAGCAUUUGGUCGCUCUCAAAUUGGCGCAGGAUGAUCACGAAGUGCAGGAGAACGAGCUCAUCAAAGAUAAAACAGAGCUUAAGAAGACGCAAAAGGAGCAGGAGUUGUCGUACAUGAACGAGAUUCGCGCGUUGAAGCUGCAUAACUCGGAGGAAAUGAACAAUAUGAUGAAGAGAUUCCAGUCGGAAGCGGCGGAAAUGGAACAGAAGUAUGAGCAAAAGUUAACCAAUCAAUACGAGUCUCUGACGUUGAAACAUCGCAUGGAAAUUACGGAGGUGGAGGAAAGGAAGAACACGCAAAUUGCAGAUUUAAUGAAGAAUCACGAAGACACGUUCACCGAAAUGAAAACUUAUUACAACGAUAUUACGCUGAAUAAUCUGUCGUUAAUUAAGAGCAUGCAGGAACAAAUGGAGACGAUGAAAAAUAAUGAGGAACGUGUGAAGAAACAGGUACGGGAACUGACAACGGAGAAUAAGAAAUGUUCUGGCGACUUGAAGGUUUCGCAGGAAACGGUGACCGAACUGAAUCGACAACUCGCGAAUUACGAGAAAGACAAACAAUGUUUAACUAACACGAAGCGGAAACUGUCUGCCGUACUGAAAGAUUUGGAGAAUUUAAAAUGGGAGAACGAGGUGCUCGAGCUUCGCUUUGAAAAAUGUCAAGCCGAGAGAGAUGAGUUACACUCUAGAUUCGUCUCUGCUAUUUUCGAACUGCAACAGAAAACGGGUUUGAAGAAUGUGCUGCUGGAGAAGAAGCUAGAGAAGCUGUCGGAUUUGUUGGAGCAACGCGAGGUGCAAAUCAGCGAGGUGUUAGCCGCCGCUCAAUUGGAUCCCGUGGCAGUGGUUACCGUGAAUAAAAAACUGGAGGAUAUGCUAAACAGAAAAAAUACGGCAAUACAAGAACUGCAAUACGAAUUGGCAAAAGUUUGCAAGGCGCACGACGAUUUGUUGGCGACUUACGAGGGCAAACUGCAGGAAUACGGGAUCCCCAAGACCGAACUUGGAUUUCAGCCUCUUAGAACGAAGAUAGCCGGUGUGAAAUGGGGCUUGGGUCCAGCUGGCCUUGUUACCGCAAAUCGGUAGCACAUGUAAAUUCGUAAAUACUCAAGUGUGUGACAAAGAUUUUAUAUUUCCUUUAUCCUAGAAAAUCACGCGCAUAUUGCACUUUUACAUAUCUUUUUAAUGAAUGCAUCAAGAUAGCGUUUUUGAUAACACGACGAUUAACGCUUGCUAGAUAUACUCUAUGAAGGAUGUCCGCAUAUAAACACUAUUUUUGAGAUUCCGCAAUAUAAACGACGCACAGAAUUAAUUUUGACACGAAGUACUUUUAUUCUGUAAAACGAAUACAUUUUCAGAGCACUUACGCAUUACGUUCUCAAAAAUUACAUAAAAUUAUCACAGAGAAUGUACAGAGUAGAUCGUAUCGAUGCCUGAAAGUUAUAUAGCUAAAUACUUGUCUGUUAUCAUAUUAUUUCUUUCCCUUGAAUCGUAUAUCUCUUAUCAAUUUGUAUCGCCCAAUUGGCAAUGAAGAGUUCGAUAACACGAACGACUCACGUUUUUUUAUCGUAAUCAUUUUAUCAAUCCCUGCGACCUAUAGCGCCUUGACAUUUCAGCGAGUAUCUAUAACAACUGGCAGGCACAAAUACAUUGAAGAUACAUUCAUAUAUAGAUGUAACGUACAUAGAUAUAGACACAUUGACUAGUCUAGCUUGUAAAACACUUUAAGUCAAAUACAUCAGGUCACAUGGUUAAUAAAUGUCAAACACUGGCUUUUUAUGUAAAAUACUUCAUCGUCCAUCUCGCGUAUAAUAUAGUCCGUAAACUCUUUUUUUCUCUCUUUUAUAAUACUUAACGAUUAAGUUAACGAUUAAGUGAAGAAAUAAUUUAUCAUUUGCUCACAGGUUUGUAAAUAUUAUACAAUGCGUUGUAUAGAUAUAAUUUUAUAAUACAUAUAUAGAUGUAUACAUAUAUAUAUGUAUAUAUACGUACAGUAUAUUUACAUAUAUAUAUACGUUUAUGUGUAUAUUCAGAAUUUUGGCACAAUAAGAAAUAGAAUCACAGUUGAAAUCAUUGUACAUCAUAAGACUUACGGAUGGUUAAUACGUCGGUUUCGUGUCUGUGAAGUGUAUGUUACACGCUCGCUACGAUAUGAAAUUCACAUUAAACGUGUAAACACAAUUAACUCGAGACUAUUCCGCUAGGCUACAUUAUAGAAAACUAUAAACUACGAACUAACGUCAGAAGAUCCAGUUCUCGGAAAAAGAUCGCGCGAAAGUUAGAGAUCAACCAGACAAAAUUCUGAGCACUGCAAAAUUUAGAAUUUAUCCGUACGCGUGUUUUUGAAUUAGGCUCAUUUGGUUACCACCUUAUAUUUGGAAAGUACACAGAUCUCUGAUCUAUAACGUCUCUUUUUUUUCUCAUAUUAAAUUUUUACGGCCGUGUCGAGUUUGUGUCUCAUUGUCAGAGUCGUAGAAAAAAUAAGCAUCUGUUUUAAUUUUAGAUAUUAGUGGUCCAUUGUUCCUUUGUAAACCUCUUCUUCGAGUUUCUGGAAAGAUUCGCUCGCUACAUUUACAGGUGCAUCGGUUCCUAUAGUUUGUGUGCGCACACUAAAUUUAAAUAAGAGCGAUAUAUAUAUGCG